UUUCGGUGUUACUAAGGGGUUUGCAGAACAAUGAUGUCGUUUAUAGAUGUGAUGCAAUUUCUUCUAAUAAUUGGAACAGUCACUUCAGAUCAAGAAACAGAGUUGAAAAGAGUGAAUGCACCAUCAGUCGACGUUUACUCGUCAAAUUUGAGUAAAAUUAUAUCCUACCUAACCACUACUAUGAUGAAGAGCAAGGAUUGCAUUGAGAUAUAUGAAAGGGUGGGAUCUAUUGCUCCUAAUGGCAACCAGAAAGUACAUGUAGAUGACCUGGAGAAUGUUGAAGACCAAAUCACUCUAAAUACAAAAUGUUAUAUUCUUAUUACAGAUAAGGCAAAUGAUGUGAAGAACAUUGAACUAACGAGGUUUAGUCAUAGACCUAAAUUAGUAAUCAUCGUAUCCUCAAUACCUCAAGAACCUAAUCUUAGAAUAGGAUGGCACUGGGCACUUAUCUCAACUGUAACCGAAGAAGUGAAAUACAGGAAUGCCAAUGGUCAUUUUUUCAAAGGAAUUUGGUCCAACUCGUUAUCAACAUUGUUAAUGAAAAAAGUUCCUCCUUUUUCAUCGGAUCCCCCAUUCAGGGUUACAUGGAAUAUAUAUAUGCCCAGAUUUGAAUUAUCAGAUGGAAAGGCUGAUGUGAGAACAAGUGAAGGAUAUUAUCUACAAACAUUUAUAGAGAGAAGAAAGCUAAAUGUUGAAUAUUUGUACAUGAACGGAGCCUUUGGAGCAGCUGAUAGGAAAACAGGGAUAUGGAACGGAGCUGUAGGGGUGGUCGGAUAUGGCGAAGCAGAGUUGGGGGUUUCUUUUAUUGGCUAUACAAUUGAAAGGAUGAAUUUUGCUUUGUAUUCAACCCCGGUUGGAGAAUUCUCUAUAAAAUGGGUUUCAAAGUAUCCCGGCCGUGUUGGGUCUAGGUAUAACCUAGCAGAGGUAUUUGAUGUAAAUACUUGGAUUGCUACAGUGUGCAGCAUUGUAGGUAGUUCUUUAGUCUUGGUGUUUUUGGUACAAGUAAGAAAAUGGCAGGGAUUUCGUCCAAAGCAAGACAAUGUUCUUAUUCUUCUAACUCCAAUGUCUCUGAUAACAAAUAAUGGGGCUCCUGAACCUGACUUGUUUGCUACGAAGACAGGAAGAGUAUUGUCUGGAAGCAUUUUAAUUCUGUUCUGGGCUUUAGUUUCAUUUCUUCUUGUGAGUGCUUUUUCAUGUAAUCUCAGCGCCGUAUUAAUGCGACCUACAUUUGAGGCCCCAAUAGAGUCAUCCCAGCAAAUUGUUGAACAGAAAAAGGUGAUAAUUUCGUCCAUCAGGGGUUAUAUUCCCUACAUUCUUGGUUUCUCAUCAAAUCCUUGGGAUAAGAUACUGCUGGAGACAAAUAAACAAGAGUUGAUUUUAACCCCGGGAUUCAACGAUGUUUUGAGAAACAUACAAAAAGAUCAAGUGUUCUAUCUUGGAGAGGACUUUGCUCUUCAUUUGACUAAGCUACAGGGCAGAAAGUCUCCCCUUCUUUAUUUUGGAAAGGAAACUAUAAGACCUUAUUAUACUGGAUGGAUAAUGGAGAAUGGAUCAAGAUGGGAGAAAGAUGUAAAUAUGCAUAUUAUGCAAUGUAAUCAGGCCGGUUUUGAUGUUAAAUUAGCAAGAGAACUUGAACCUCCAAAAUAUCUGUUUGAAGCUUCAGAGGAAAGUUUAACUCUAGAACACCUGGUCGUUCCCCUCUACCUACUAGGUGGUGGAGGAGUUAUUUCAAUACUAGUGCUUAUCCUGGAAAUCCUGUGGAAUAGAUGUUUUAUUUAAAAAAAAACUUUGUUAACUUGCUUGGAAGCAGAAUAAACAAUAAAACAUGAUGA